AUGCUUCAAGGUCUGUGUUUGGCAACUGACGUACGACCGAUGUUACGUGACAAUAAGGUGUUCGAUAAUCAUAACGCCGUCGAGCGAGCCGUCAGCAAAGGGCAUUGUCUUUUCAAAAUUAGCUCAUGUACCUCGUUUCCUAUGCAUGAUUUCUAUAGAUGUGUAACGUGUAAUACCACAGAACGAAAUGCGAUUUGCAUAAACUGUAUAAACGUUUGUCAUAAGGGACAUCGUGUGGAAUUCGUACGGCAUGAUCGAUUUUUCUGUGACUGUGGCGCUGGAACGUUGGAGAAUCAGUGCUGUUUGCAGUCGGAAACACGCGAUAAUGAUACGGUCUAUGAUUCGGCGACACCGACGGAUUCGGAAACCGUUUAG